GUCUCCUUUAUCACGCUUCAGACUCUGGAGAUCUUACUAUACAGUGCUACAGCACAGCGACUAACCACCGCACGAGCUUGCGUACAGCCUCACCCCGCUUGUUCACUCCUUGAGGGCCGACGUUCGAACAGUUCGUCCCCUGGGGAUCGCAACGCCCAUCAUGCGCUCCUCUCGCCUCUUCACUCUCCUGGCCCUCUCCUUUACUUUAUACCUGCUGCUAUCCACAUCCACUACCCUCAUAGCCGCUCAAGAUGCCAGCAGCGGCUCAGCCAGUGGCAGCGGCGGUAGUAGCUCAAGCUCCACUGCCAGCAGCGGUAGCGGUAAGACGGCCUCUGAGCUCCUCAAGGAGGGUACCCUCUCCAUGUCCACUGGCCGGUUCCACAACGCCAUCCAGUCCUUUGACGAGGCUAUUCUCCUAGAUCCCACUGCCUACCUCAGCUACUACCGUCGAGCCACUGCUGCCCUCUCCCUCGGUCGUACCUCGGCAGCACUGGCCGAUCUGGAUCAACUCCUUGUACUAAAACCCGAGUUUGCACAGGCUCACUUUGAUCGGGCGAAUGUACUUAUGAAGGAGGGAGAGCUAGAUCGCGCCAGUGAAGCUAUUCAGGCAUUCCUCAAGCUCAAGGGAGCAAAAGAUGAAAAGGGUCUAGCGCUGAAGCUCAAGAUUGAUAGUGGAAUCUUUGCGCUGGGACGCUUGAAGAGUGGAUGGGAGGCAGUGAUUGAAAAGGGGGUCAAGAUGGGAAAGGAUGUGAAAGCGGACAAGGGACUCAAGACCAAGGCGGAGGAGUGUGUAGCUGCAGCUACUGCUGUGCUAGAGGGUAGUCCUAAUCAUUUGGAGGCGAGGAGCAGGAGAGGAGAGUGUAGACUUGCGCUGGGAGAGCUAGAUGAUGCGAUUAGUGACUGGAGCGGUAUUGUCCACCUCUCUCCCUCCAUCGACCUUCUGCUCCGCCUCUCAUCUCUCAAGUACUACAUUCUAGGUGACUCGCCCGCCGCAAGAGAGGCUGGGUUGUCCCACCUCAAGGCCUGUCUUACCUCGGAUCCAGACAACAAGGUCUGUGCCAAAGCGCACAGGAAGAUGAGGACGGUGGAAAAGGCUCUGAAGAAGGCAGAGAAGUUUGCAGAGGGGGGAACAUGGAGACCGGUCUUGUCUGCUCUCAAGGGGGCCAAAGUCGGAGGUCCGACGAUCAUCGAUGAGGUGACGGCGGCGAUUAAGAGCGACAUGCAGCCAGCACGGCACGAUGGGCAAGAAGACGGUGCAGCGCCAAAGGAAGCGCUCAUUCCUCCGAGUAUCUCAGAUGCCGUAGAGAGGAGUGGUCUGCUGCAUUACCUUCGGAAAUUGCACUGCCGUGCCCACACCGAGCUCAAUGAGCACAGUAAGGCCAAGCCUUAUUGCGAGGCGGUCCUCGCGCGGGAGCCGGAGGAGCCUUGGGCUUUGGUUCACAAGGGAGACGAGGCGCUCAAGGAGGAGAAGUACGAAGAGGCCGUGCGGUUCCUGCGUACUGCAUCGGAGAAGGCGGGCGGGCAGGAUCAGAGCAUCUUGUCCAAGUUGCAAAAGGCGCAACGUCUGCUGAAACAGUCUACGACCAAGGACUACUACAAGGUUCUGGGUGUGCCGCGGGACGUGGAUGGUCCCACCUUGAAGAAGGCUUAUCGCAAGUUGGCCAAGGAGAACCAUCCGGACAAGGGUGGGAGCGCAGAGAAGAUGGCGCAGAUCAAUGAGGCCUUUGAUGUCCUCGGAGAUGCAGAGAAGCGCGCUCAAUUCGACUCUGGUGUGGAUCCGAAUGAUCCCAUGGCCGGCGCUGGUGGACAUCCAGGUGGACACGGCAAUCCUUUUGUCUUUCAACAAGGAGGUGGGGGAGCUCAUCCUUUCCAACACUUUUUCCAGCAGCAGCAGGCGGGCGGAGGAGGAGGAGGACAGCACUUCUUCAAGCAACAAUUUACCCAUUCUGGUGGAGGUGGUAGAGCUGGAGGAGGACAUUUCCCCUUUGACUUUUAGAGUCGAGUCUUCCUUUUGUCAGAUAUAUGUCGUCGUUGUUGUCACUCUCAUUCUCUCUAUGCUGUCAUCAAUCGAUACACUCAUGCUUCCAUGC